GCCAUGCUUCACCACUACAAGUAGCGCACCCGCCUCUCUAGACCAAACCCACACCAACCAAACUCCCCAAGGAUCCGGCCAUGUAUUGGAAGGAGAGAGGGUGAUAAUAGAAAUGCUUGUCCUCAACCACCACCAUAUCCUCCCCCCCCCCUUGGGUAAAUCAGGACACCCCCCCAUGCCUUCGGGCUACGACGUUUGGCAGAAUAUAUCACGAGUGGUAACUCUGACACUGGCUUGCUAGCUCUUAUCUUGUUUUUUGCUUCCUUUCUUCAAACUUGACUUUCCUCCCUUCCUUCUUCGACACAGUGUAGCCCGGGCUCGGCUUCUUUUUUUUUCUUACGCACACAUCCACCACUUCCUUUUCCAUUCCAUUCGGGGCUUGACUGAAUAUAAUUAAAUACUUGCGCUUGGAGAGCAUUCGAUAGACUCUCUAUCUGGAAGAGGGAGAACGGGAGCAAUGCGAUAUCUGCCGCCUACCUGCCUGAUCUUACGAUAGACUUAAAGGUGUAAAUCUCACCCGCCAAACUCCCAAAAAUCUCCCUCCGUGUCCAAUUCGACUUGUGAAUUGUCACUCUGUAUAUGGGUGUCGACUGCGGCCUACCGGCAUUGGAAGACAGACAACUCUCUUCGAGAGAAAAAGCUACAAGAUGCAGGAGCUGGAUACGAACACGCUUGUGGCAACAUAUGUAUGCACCAUUCUGGCAUUGAUUCUGAUAUUCGUGCGGCUUGGGCUUCGAUGUCGUCGAAAGGAGGGAAUGCGCGUGGACGAUGUAUGGAUGGGCAUCUCGUUGGUUCCUCUGAUCGUCCGAUUGGGGGUUAUUCACGUUGUGCUGGCCUAUGGAACGAACAAUUUCUCUAGGAAGGCACAUCCUAUUGAGGAUAUAAGCGAGGUGGAAAUAAGGCAGAGAUCUAUGGGGAGCAAGAUGGUUCUUGCUGGGAGGGUAUUUUACGCUGGAUUUGUUUGGUGCAUGAAGGUUUGUGUGUUGGGUUUCUAUGAACGGUUGACCGCGCUGCCGGCCGUUCCCAGUGUGAGGCAGAUGAUACCCGACCCAGGACGUUGCGUACAGGCAGUUGCGCAGCUAGUGACAAUGGGUUCCCUCAAUAUUUUGACCGAUGCAGCCCUUAUCCUUAUUCCUUUACCCUUGGUCUUUAGAGCUCGUCUCCCGCUCAUCAGAAAGAUCCAAUUGUUCCUCCUCUUCGGCGUUGGUAUGUUCGUCGUCAGCAUAACAAUGAUCCGCAUGCCCGUGAUUAUAAACGACAAAUCUGCACAAAAAGCUCGGACGCUGUGGGCAUCAAUAGAGUGCCUAGCAGCCUGCGUAGUCGCCAACGCACCGGUCCUGAACUCGCUCCUCCGACGGAAGGUGAAAAAGCCCAGGUGCGACGAGUACAACAUCUCGGCGAAUUCGCGGCGACGGAGGAUGCCUGUGACAGGCCAGGAUAGUGUUGGUUCGCUGACGAGGAAUGAUGGGAGCGAUGGACUUGGUUCUGUUAUUGAGACGCGCACGGAAGUUGUUCAAAAAAUAGACAUCGAUCCGUUGGAAUCUAGGGACCGUUCGGGAGUCACACGCUCACCGUGGCGUGGGGAUUUCCUAGGAACGCAGAUAUGGACUGAACAAGAUAGGUAUGGCUUCCCCGCGUGGCCUCCUCCCGCGGUCGCAAGGGAUAGGGUUUGAUGCUUUAUUACUUCUAUCUUACAAGGCAUGUUCUGGUUUUUAUCUUUUUUUUUUUUUUUUUUUCAACCCAUCAUAAUAUUAUUUCCUUUUAUCAUCUCAUCCUCGACGCGGCGGGUUUUUGUUUAAAUGUGUGCUAUGGCUUGGGCUCCUUCUCUUGUUUUGUUGGCUUUUGGUUUC